AUGGCAGAACUAGCCCUCGCAGCGAGCAUUGUUACCGUUAUCCAAUUAUCCGGCAAAGUUAUAAUUCUAAGCUCUGAAUAUAUUGGAAAGGUAAAGCGCUCUAGGAAAGAGAUCACAGCGCUAACCGACGAACUCACUUCACUCCACGAAGUUCUAAAAAUACUCCGCGACCACUUCCGCGAACAUUCAGACUCGUUGGCCACUGCUGUACAAACACUUGGCGGCGAGAAUGGUCCUGUUCAGGGAUGUAACCAGGAUUUAAAUGCUUUGAUGGAGACAUUGGAGCUGAAGACAGGUUUUAGGGGACUUAUCGAGAGAUUUAAAUGGCCGUUUAGGGAGGGCGAGAUAGAUGUGAUUAGGAGGAGACUUGAGAGACAUAAGAGCUUGUUUUUGCUAGCUUUAGCGGUGGAUCGGAUGUGGGUGUGGAUUUGGACUUUUAUAUUACCUUGA